AAUACUCUCGCCUGAAGUUCGCAGUCGACAAAGUUGAGAUCCGGGUUCACUGUUUAUUUAAUCCAUCAGGUUUUGGGCGGAUUAACCUGAGGUCGACCGGACAUUUCGUCUGGCGUAUGAAUGGGACAGCCGGGAUACUGGACACUAUCUGGAAUGGCGUAUCGUAUGACAAGUCGGCCCACGUUAUGGAGAUUUCUUGGCGGUUCAAACCCGACCGUGCCUCGCGGAACUUGGCUGAGGAUUUUAUAGCAACGCACCUGGGGUUUGAACAUCCCGAUGUUGUAUUGCAGAGGACGGUUUCCCUGUACGCCGUGACACCUUCCGAGGCUGUUUUUGUUGUGGUACCUGUAGGUGUAAACUUGUACAGCUGCAAGGAGACGCCCUUGUGUUAUGUCAGGCAACAUGAGGAGGCAGUUAAGAUUAUCCGGAUGCCCCUUUCAUCUUUUCACAGACUUGCAGACAUCAUCGGCGACCCAGACGACAAGACCGUCGUCCUCCUUCAUUUUCUUACACGCAGUGGCUCCACCUUGUUGAUGCAGAUUCUCUCGAGAUUUCACGCCGAGAAGGACACCAUCUGUAUAUCGGAAACUAGCCCCGACAGCCAGUUAAUUUCCGACAGGGACAAGUAUACUGCCGCAGAAUUCAAAUGUGUUUUUAGGAGUACAUUUCGUCUGCUGUGCAAAGAACCAGCUUCGCUUAUAGCAAUGAAAACGAGUAAUCCCGAUUUUCUGGAAUUCGCACCCUUGAUAAAGGAAACGUUCCCAAAGAUCUACCAGUUGUUUUCAUACCGUAAUGCACUGCCGAUGAACCGAUCACAACUUGUAAUGUACAGCCAACUCCAGACUUUCAAAUUGAUGUACUUUACCCAAAAAAGCCCGUUGCACGCCUGGCUCCUUCGUCUGCCGCGAGAGCGGAUGCUUCGGGACUACUAUGGCGACAAGAUGUACCAACAACUGAGGGGUUACCUACCUAAUUUCACGAUGUACCAGACCAUCUGCAUCCACACUGCGAUCCAACUGAAGACCUACCAAUCAUAUGUCAGCAAUGGUGUUGGGGUAAGGGGCGUCUGGUAUAAGGACAUCAAGACAGAACCGAGGGCGGCGCUUGGGAAAAUCUUGGACCAUAUUGCACUGGCGGAGUACAGCGAUCAGAUACCGGAAAUGCUGAAGGCAAUGGAGGAAGACUCGCACGGUACAAAUUCACUGCAGGAAACAAAAAGAUCAGCCGCGGAUCACAAUAACGUCCUUCCAGUUGAUUCGGCCAUGCCUGCUAUCAUCUCCGAGAUGGACGACCUGUGUAGCGCCAUGGAGCUGCCUCUUCUUUCGAGACAGCAUCCCCUGGAGGGGACAAUCACCAACACCAAGGCCGUCCUCUAGCUUAUGAUCUCUGAUUGGGAUAGGAACGUCUCCGAUGCCUCCUUUCAAGAUAUCAGCCCUUGGAGAGGACGAUCAUGGAUAGGACGCCAACGGUUAUGAACUCAUAAAUCAACCGGAUCCUCUCGAAUGGCAUCGAAGGUUCAGUACUCACCUCUCGUCACAGUAACAAUAUUAUUUUUUAACUGUGCAUAUUGUGAAAAUAGCUUUCUUUCUUUAAUCAAGCAAAAAAAACAGGAAUUUUGACCCAUUUUUACCAGAAACCGGGAGUUCCCCUAACCGUAUGGUUGGCUCUAGAACGAAUGAGAUGCAGAGUGCACUUCGUAUCUACACCAUAGUGAACCAUCCUACCAUGUCUCGUGAUGUUACCUUUAUGUAGUCUUCGCUGGUACAUGUAGCUGAAUUACCGCUGGAGAUGCUAGUCUGACAUGCCAGACAAGCACAAAUUUCGCGGUGUGAUAAUACCACGUUGUUCGCGUCCUCAAGGGAAUAUAGGGUUGGUGCUAGAGGUGAUUAUAAGAAGGGCUGCCCUCAGGCCACGGGCGGUCAGUGAUAAGCGUGGCUGGCGUUGGCCAAGUCCAAGGAGGAUACCGCGGUGACGUCACGGCUUUUCCAAGAUGGCGCUGCAUAUUGUAAACAAACUCGAUCCACGGCCAAGGGAAAAUCAAGUCAUCAAAAAAGUUAGAUUUUUCGCAUCAAAUCAGAGUUAUUAGUACUUUUCUGCCACGAAAUAAGUCUUCAGACAAUAAGCUAUCAUUUGAAUAAUGAAAAGUGCUGUUUUGAUGGGGAAAAAUAGGGUUUUUUAAACCAAAUAGCCGGCACCGAUCUUCCAAAAUUAGCGAUGGUUUCAAAACAGUCUCCCAGAUAUGGGGCAAUCUCUUCAUUAUCAUAAUGGGAUUUGGAGGCAUGUUUACAGAUUUCACAAGUUCGAGACCUGUAUUACCUAAAACUCGCAUAGAUCCCCAUAGAUCCCCUCUAUUUGUCGAGUUAGCGCCCCUGUAAGAUCAUGCAUUUUCGGACACAAGAACGAAAUCUUCCUGCGGAUAUCGCGGUUUCGGUGAUGAUUUAAGGAGAAAUUGACUGUUCUUAGAGUUGUAUGGGACAGAAAUGAGUUCAUACUUCAUGAAUACAUGAAUUUAUUAUGAUAUGGGCGGGCUUUUAAGUCAAAACAAUAACAAACUCAACUGCAUCUCUACUGUAUAUUGCGUAGUGCAUUGCCUAGUGUAUUUCGUAGUGUAUUUUAGCGGAGACAUUAUUUCCGCACUUUGGCCACGCCAAACGUCUUUUUUAUUCGUGGAAGUUAAUCUGCUCUGUAAAUUUUAUUUUACACAGGAAGAAUCCAUACUAGGUAUUGCAAUAUUUCAUGUCUAUUGGUGUUUUUGUGUACAGGAGCGAACCAGACAGUGAGACGUGGAGAUGUGUUCAGUGCUGGUGCUGUCAGUAGACUGAAUCUGAUUGGCCAUAGCGAUCACUAAUAUGGGUCGGGAUCACGUGAUGUGACGUCACCGCGGUAUCCUCCUUGGGCCAAGUCGGAGGAUAAUAUGAAGUAUAAUGAACCGGGAAUAUGUAAUGGAAUUCUUCUCCACGAAACCGGAUCACCGCCGGCCUGACUUGGCAUUCGAGACGUGCUGAGGGUACAUGUCGAGUUUGAAAAUAUUCUUGGGAACAGGUUAUAGAGUUUAAAACAGGAGAAAAAAUAUUAUGCCGGAUAAAGUACAUCAAUUUCUCUGCAUCGAUGUGAAAAAGCACACACCAUAAAAAAAGGUACCUGGUAUAACCGGGUGCUGACAGUUUUA